CGCUGCUGUCAAGAGAGGGAGGACAAGCAAGACAACACUGCACCAAUACUGCCGAUCAUGACCUCGUUUAUCCAACGGGUGGCCAAGCUUGGUGCCAACGCAUUGCUCGGAGUGUUUACGAGCAGUGGCGGAUUUGAUGGCGCAUUCAAAGAGCUGCGAGUGGUGGCCAUCAAGGCCGGGUCGGUGACUGCGACGCUUCCAGUCACAAAGCCACUGUGUAACUCCUACGGCACACUGCACGGCGGUGCAGCAGCCACCCUCGUCGACAUCGUGGGCACGAUGGCACUGUUGACAAAGGACCCGCGUCGAGCGGGCGUGAGCGUGGAUAUCAACACGAGCUAUCUUCGCGCAGCGAAGGAGGGAGAGGAACUACUCAUCACGGGACAGGUUUUGAAGACUGGCAAGAAGCUUGGAUUCACGCAAGUGGACAUUGCACGCAAGAGCGACAAUGAAGUGUUGGUGACUGGGCGGCACACAAAGGCGUUGUGAUGCGACGCAGCAUGCAGUUUGCAGGUGCAAUUUGGGGAAUAACGGAGGGCAAGAGCGAGCCGGCGAUUUGAGAGCAAAUGAGGCACAUAUGCGUGUAGAUGUGGGUGGCAAAAAAGAAACAAGCAGCAAGCGCGGCAACAAGAGCGGCUGCCAAAGGCACCAGGUCACAUGUUCUAGCGGCAGGGAGCAGAUACAACAAGACCAAAGCGGGAUGCGGCAGCACAACAGGGAUGUGAUGAGAUGAUGAAGACGAACGAGAAGAAGAAAAUGAUGAUGAUGACGAUGAUGAUGCGAAGAGCAAUGGGAAGCAGGCCGUGUGUGUGUGCGCGCGCGUGUGUGUGUCGAUCUAGGCAGCGUGGUGCUUGUAUUCGUCGAGGAGAUAGCUUGGAAUGUGCGCCUGCAGCACCUUGCGCGGGAUCUGGUGUGGGCAGUGGAGGUGGCGAUGAUGUGGUGGUGGUGGCUCGGUGUCAAUAAAAUCAGAUUACACA